AUGUCCUGGCGCAAAUGGCUCAAAGAACCGCGAUCUCGAGCCAUCGAGCCGAGCAGAGACAUCCCGUACGAAAUGCCCUCGCAGCGUCUCGGACCCCAGCUGGCUUCAGAAAUCGCCCAUCUCUUUGAUGAUGCCCAGAUCCCGAGCUUUCUCUGGGAUUGGAUCGAGAGUUCCCCCCGGACAGAAGCGCGGUACCACGUUGAAUUCGAAUUCAUCGUCCCAGACUACCUACUAACCGAAGCCCACAAACAGCUCGUCACCGUCGGCUUCAGAACAUGCGCAGCAGGCCCUGCAUGCCACGUCUACUCCGACUUCCCAUUCAAACCCCUCGCCACCACGCACUUCCACCACCUCAGCCGCGUCGACGAGAUGAUCUCCCUGCGCACCCAGUCCGCCCUCGCCGCAAAGCUCCAUCUCACGCUCGCUCCCCCAGCGGAUCAUAACAGUAACCCCGACUUCAUGCUGAGCAACGACCUCAGACUCGCCGGGAGCCCGGCGGCCUUCGCGCCCCUCCCGGACGACAUGUAUCCGUUUCGGCUCCUCACGCCGGUGCGGUUCGCGGAGGCGAUCAUGCUGCAGUUUGCGCACGAUGUGGAUACCGAGCGGGAUACGGUCGUUCGGGGAUAUGUGUCGCGGUUGAUGUUUUUGAAGAGGGACGGGCAGGGGCCGAGUGGGUUGCUUGUGGAGGGGGAUUUUCAUGAGUAUCUGAGGCCGCUGUGGGGUGCGUUGGAGGAGGCGACGUUUGAGUUGUUGGUGGCGCAUGCGCGCAGGGUGAAGUUUCAGUUGGAUAAGACGGGGUUUCGGUUGCCGACGGAGGAGGAGAUUGAGAAGAAGAAGAGGAAGAGGGAGAAGCAGAGGAGGAAGGAGAUGGAGAAGGGCAGAGUUCUUAAGUAUAUCGCCAGCCCUCCUAACUCAAACUUGAAUCACUCCCCAGUAUCUCAACCAGCUGACUACAUUCCUUACAAGUACUUCUUGAAAGUCUUUCUUUCAUUGAUUAGAACAACCCAAACAGGCCACGCGGCAAGCUACCAAACCACUCCCGUCGUGUUCGUGAAUGAUCUCAUUGUCCUUCUCCACAUCCUCAACUUACUCAAGAACUUCAACUUCAACGCCAACAUCAACCUCAUCAAAGACCCAACCCUCAAAAUGAAUCAUCAAGACCCAAGUUCAUCGCCAUCCCGUCUCAUCUCCCUCCCCACCGAGCUGCAUCUCAUGAUCAUCAAAUUUCUCAUCUUCCCCGACAUCAUCCAUCUGAAACUCACUUGCACCUAUUUCAACGCCAUCAUCCCGCGUCUGAACCACGCCGCGCUCAUGGAAGCCGAAGAAACCGACUUCGCCGCCUGCAACUACAUCUUCGCGUGUCGCUACUGUCUGCGCCUGCGCCCGAGAUCAGAAUUCGCCGAUCGCAUGAUUCAUCGACGUCGGGGACGGUACGGUCGCGAGGCAGGAAAACGCUUCUGUAUCGAGUGCGGUCUGCAACCGAGGGCCGGAUGGCCUAGGUAUGGCCCUGGGGCGCAGAUCAUCAUCAAGGGUGCGCCGUACGUGAUCUGUCUUUCCUGUCGUGAGUUUGCGAUCGGGAUGAGAGACGGGGAUGGGCGGGUGAUGGGCGAGUGUUGGGAUUGCUUGAAGAAGCGAGACAAGAAGACGGAGAAGGAAAAGGAGGAAAGCGUCGUGGUGAUGACGAGGAGGAUGGGGCGGUUCUGGUGA